AUGGCGCCGGUUCCGAAGAACAAGCCUUCUUAUGCGCCUGGUUUUCUCAUAGCUACUGCUGUGGGUCUACUCAGCUUCUUCACAUACCACAUUCUCAGCCACUAUCCCCUGCGAACCUCUUUCCUGCCCUUUUCAGUUAUGCCAGCAGCAAAACAAGGAUCUGGCUUCCGCCAGAUUCAAAGCUUCAAGACCGACUAUGCUCCGUGCACCAUAACCCAGUAUGUGUCGGAGCGGAGCGGCAUGCAGGUCGUUGUGGCCGACCGCAAGGGUCCAAAGAUCACAGGGUACUUCACGCUGGCCACCGAGAUCUUCGACGAUUCCGGCGCCCCCCACACGCUGGAGCACCUGAUCUUCAUGGGCUCCAAAAGCUAUCAAUACAAGGGCCUGCUAGACAAGCUGGCGUCAAGGGCAUACUCGGGUACCAAUGCCUGGACGGCGACAGAUCACACCGCCUACACGAUCGACACAGCUGGAUGGGAUGGCUUUGCCCAGAUUCUGCCCGUAUAUCUCGAGCACAUUAUCGUGCCGACCAUCACCGAUGAGGCCGUCACGACUGAGGUCUGGCAUGUCGACGGGGACGGCAACGAUGCUGGUGUCGUGUACUCCGAGAUGCAGGCUGUCCAGUUCCAGAGCACAGAAAUCAUGGAGCUCAAGGCACGACGAAUCAUGUAUCCUGAGAACGUUGGGUUCCGCUAUGAGACUGGAGGGAUGACCGAGGCGCUGAGGGUCCUCACGCCUGAGCGGAUCAGAGAGUUCCACAAAGAGAUGUACCAGCCUCGCAAUCUCUGCCUGGUCAUUGUUGGCGAGGCAGACCAAGACAAUCUCAUCAAUAUCCUAGACGAAUUUGAAGAGAGUAUCAAGGACGACAUUCCCACACUCGAUACCCCCUUCAAGCGCCCCUGGAUCGACUCCGCGCAGCCACCAGAGCUCAAGGAAACAGUCAUCGAGACCGCUGAAUUCCCAGAGGAAGACGAAUCCAUGGGCGAAAUUCUGGUCGGUUUCUUUGGUCCUGACUGCACCGAUGUCACUGCCACAUCUGCCCUCAGCAUCCUCCUGACAUAUCUCUGCGGCUCAUCUGUUUCCAUUCUGGAGAAUGUCAUUGUCGAGAAGGAAGAGCUGGCUAGCUCAGUUUCCUACUCCUGGGACACCCGGCCGAGCACCGUCAUCUGGCUCAUGCCCACUGGCGUCGCUACCGAGAAGCUGGAUGCGGUCUACAAGAGGCUCAUUGAACUGCUCAAGGAAGUCGCAUCCAAGCCCCUGGACAUGAACUACAUGCGCGAGUGCCUGCUCCGCGAGAAACGUCGUGUCAUGUUCCAUGCCGAGAUAUCGGAAUCUUUCUACGCCACGAAUAUUAUCAGCGACUAUCUAUUCGGCAAACGUGAUGGAUCGACACUCAAGGACCUCAAGGGCAUGGACGAGUACGACAUCAUCGAGAAAUGGACCGACGAGGAUUGGCGGGCCUUUUUGCGCAGGUGGAUGUCCGACAACAAGCACGUCGCCAUCUUGGGCAAGCCUUCGUUCGCCAUGGCGGAAAAGCAGAAGAAGGAGGAAGAGGACCGCAUUGCCAAGCGCAAGGAAGAGCUCGGCGAGGACGGACUCAGGAAGCUCAAGGACACACUGGAAGCGGCAAAGAAGAAGAAUGAUGAGCCCAUCCCUGCCGAGGUUCUUGACCGCUGGAGCGUCCCCAGCACAGAGUCCAUCCACUUCAUCGAGUCCGACACUGCUCGAUCAGGGUACGCCCGUGCCUUGGGCCUCGGCGAGGGCGGAGCGCAAAAGACUCUGGAUGCAGCGACGUCGGGCAAGCUGCCGCUUUUCAUCCAGUUCGAGGAUGUCCCCAGCAGCUUUGUCCACAUCACUGCCCACAUUGGCACGUCCGAGCUGCCCAUGGAGCUGAAGCCACUCAUGCCCAUUUUCAUCGACAACUUCUUCAACACGCCCAUCAAGCGCAAUGGCGAAACGGUCAACUUUGAGCAGGUCGUCAUGGAGCUGGAGCGUGACACUGUCAGCUACAGCUUGAGCUCGGCUCGUUACCUUGGCGAUGCAGACGGCCUCAUGAUCCAAAUGUCAGUUGAGCCGAGCAAAUAUGCCGCUGCUGUGGAAUGGAUCCGCACCAUGGCCUUUGAUGCCAUCUUUGACCCCGUCCGCAUCAAGGCUGCCAUUACCAAGGCUCUCGCCGACGUGCCGGAAUCCAAGCGAGACGGUCGCGGCAUGGCCUCCGAGGUUGAUGCCGCCAUCCACUUGGAGCGGUCAACUUUGUCCGUGGCCAGGCGCACCCUGGUCAAAGCUGUCCACCUGAAGCGCCUCAAGAAACUUCUCCAACGUGAGCCCGAGGAGGUCAUUCGGUGGUUCGAUCAGUUGCGCACCCAGCUUUUCAAGUUUGAGAACAUGCGCUUCCUUGUCACGGCCAGCCUGAAGACUCUGCCAGAGCCUCUGACUUCUUGGGACGCUCUGUCAUACAGCCUUAACGCCCCCAAGGAUGAGAAGAUGAUCCCCAUUGUCAAGCCCGUCGCUCUCCUCAACGACGAAGGCAGGAACCCCGGGAAAGUGGGCGUUGUCAUUGUCCCUAUCACCUCUAUCGAGUCGUCUUUCACCGUCAGCACAGCUCCUGGGCUGUCGUCCUUCUCAGACCCCCAGCUGCCCGCCAUGAUGGUCGCUAUCGGAUACCUCGAGACCGUCGAAGGCCCCCUGUGGAACGCAGUUCGCGGGGCUGGCUAUGCCUACGGCUCUUUUUUCAGCCGCAACGUCGACGCUGGCACGCUGUCGUACAGGGUGUACCGCUCCCCUGACGCGGCCAAGGCUAUCGCUGCCUCACGCGAUGCUAUCCUGAACAUUGCCAAUGGUACCGUGCCCGUCGACAAGCAUCUUCUCGAGGGGACUGUCAGCCAGAUUGUGACCAUGUUCGCCGAUGAGCAGUCGACAAUGCCCAGCGCGGCGCAGCAGAACUACAUCCAGGCUGUUGUGCGUGACUUACCCAAGGAUUGGUCCAAGCAGAUCCUCAGGAGAGUCCGCGACGUCACGGUGGAUGAGAUGAAGAAGGUCAUGACGGAUAUCAUCAUGCCAUGCUUCGAGCCUGGCAAGAGCAACAUGGUGGUUACAUGCAGCAAGUCCAUGAGCGAGGGACUGGAGAAGGCGUGCAAGGCUGUGGGCUACAAGGUCCAGAUCAAGGAGUUGAGUGACUUCCACGACGACUAUGGCCUCAGCGCCGGCGACGAGGAGGAGGAUGACGAAGAAGAUGAGGACGAAGAGGAGGAUUCGGAGGGCGAGUCGGGUAGUGAUGACUCAGAUGACUCGGACGCAAAAUAG